AUGAAUUGGAUAACAUCCCAAGAAAUUGCUCGAUUUUGUUCCGUGAGGAAUACUGAACUGAGCUCCGGCGAUGGUAAAACUUAUGCUGAAAACUCUAAAGUAAAUGAAAGCUUGUUGCUUAUGAAGUUCUACCCCUUGUCAGAUGGGGUGGUGAAACAUUUGCUCUCUGAUAAAGAACAACUUGAUCUACCUAUGCAAGUCAGUGAUGAACAGAUGGAGAUUAUUUUAUUUUCCAAAAGUUCUUUCAUAAUUGGGCGUUCGGGAACCGGAAAAACCACUAUAUUGACUAUGAAGCUGUUCCAUAAUGAACAGUCUUUUUAUGUUGCUUCUGAAGGGACUUCUGAAGGGGGGAGGAACAAUAUCAGUGAUUAUUUUAAAGACACGAAGCCAAGUGUUCUCCGGCAACUUUUUGUGACUGUCAGCCCAAAUUUGUGUCAUGUUGUGAAGCAACAUGUUUCCCACCUUACAAGUAUUUCAUGCAAUGGAAAUACAUCAUUAGAGCUCAAUCUUGAUGAUCCAGAUAUGAUAUCAGAUUUCAGCGACAUUGCUGACACAUUUAUUAACAUUCCCGUAAAAAAUUACCCUCUUUUUAUAACAUUUCAUAAGUUUCUUAUGAUGUUGGAUGGCACAUUGGGAAAUUCUUUUUUUGAAAGGUUUCCAAAGGCAAGAGAAGUUUCUCAUGGUAACCAUACAAGUUCAAGAUCUGUUGCAUUGCAAACUUUUUUAAGACUAAGGGAGGUUACAUAUGACCGAUUUUGUACACUUUACUGGCCUCACUUUAACUCAAGUCUAACAAAGAAACUUGAUCCCUCCAGAGUGUUCACAGAAUUUAUAUCACACAUAAAAGGAGGCCUGCAUGCAGGGGGAUGCAGUGACGAAAUACUAAGUUGUGAGGGUUACUGCUUAUUGGCUGAAAGUCGUUCGUCCACUCUAACAAAGCAGAAAAGAGAAACUAUUUACUACCUCUUUCAAGCAUAUGAAAAGAUCAAAAGUGAGCGAGGUGAAUUCGAUUUGGGUGAUUUAGUGAGUGACCUCCAUCACCGACUUAAAAAUGGACGCUAUGAAGGUGACAUUAUUGAUUUUGUGUAUACUGAUGAAGUUCAAGAUCUUAGUAUGAGGCAGAUUUCUCUUUUCAAGUAUCUAUGCCAAAAUGUUGAUGAGGGCUUUAUUUUUGCGGGCGACACUGCACAAACCAUUGCCAGGGGGAUUGAUUUUAGAUUUCAGGAUAUACGAUCUCUGUUCUAUAAAGAGUUUUUAACUACUAGAAAACAAGAGAAAGGUCUUGUAUCCGAGGUUUUCCAACUAAAACAGAACUUUAGAACUCAUGCUGGUGUCCUUCAGUUAGCCCAGAGUGUCAUUGAUAUUCUUUACUGUUACUUUGUUCACUCAAUUGAUAUUUUGGAACCUGAGACUAGUCUUAUUUCCGGUGAAGCUCCUGUUUUGCUCGAGUCUAGAAACAAUGAAAAUGCAAUUUGGACAAUCUUUGGGGGUAGUGGAGGUGGUGGAGAAAUAGUCGGCUUUGGGGCGGAUCAAGUGAUAUUGGUCCGUGAUGAUUGUGCUAAGACUGAGAUCUCAGAAUAUGUUGAAAAGCAUGCCCUUGUUCUCACCAUACUAGAGUGUAAAGGCCUUGAAUUUCAGGAUGUAUUAUUGUACAACUUUUUUGGGACAUCCCCAUUGAAAGACCAAUGGAGAGUAAUAUAUGGCUACAUGAAAGAGCGGGACUGGCUCGAUGAGAAUCUUCCUCAGUCUUUCCCGACAUUCAGUGAGGCAAGACAUAGUGUCUUGUGUUCUGAAUUGAAACAGUUAUAUGUGGCUAUAACGCGAACUAGGCAAAGACUAUGGAUUUGUGAGAAUAAAGAGGAGCUCUCCAAGCCAAUAUUUGACUAUUGGAAAAGCAGGGGACUCGUUCAAAUAAGAAAACUAGAUGAUUCAGUGGCACAGGCUAUGCGAGUUUCAAGCAGCCCUCAAGAGUGGCGUGAGCGUGGUAAAAAGCUUUUUUAUGAGAACAACUUUGUGAUGGCAACAAUGUGCUUUGAAAGAGCUGGUGACAUAAUGUGGGAGAAAUUGGCAAAGGCUUCUGGUUUCAGAGCAUCCGCUGAUCAAGUGAGGGGAAAAAAUCCCGAAGCUUGUUUGGGCUAUCUCAGAGAAGCAGCCGAAUUGUUUGAGUCAAUUGGGAAAUUCGAGUCUGCCGCUUCAUGUUAUUGUGAUUUGGAGGAGUAUGAAAAAGCUGGGAAAGCCUACUUAUAUAAGUGCCGAAAAGUUAAUACAGCAGCAGAGUGUUUCACUCUAGCAGGAUGCUAUAGCGAUGCCGCUGAAGCCUAUGCCAAAGGAGAUCAGGUCUCCAAUUGUUUGUCAGUUUGCAAAAAAGGGAAACUUUAUGAUCAGGGGUUGCAGUAUAUAGAAUACUGGAAAGAGCACUUAAAAGUUAGAACUAAAGAGAUAGAACAAACUGAGCAAAGAUUUUUGGAGAGUUGUGCUCUUGACUGCCAUGAACAUAAAGAUCUUAAAUCCAUGAUGAAAUUUGUUAGAGCCUUUUGCUCUAUGGAGUCUAAGCGUGUAUUCUUGAGGUCUUUAGGCUGCCUUGAUGACCUUCUAUUUUUAGAAGAAGAAUCGGGCCAUUUUCUUAAUGCUGUUGAGCUGGCUAGGUGUUUGGGUUAUGUUCAAAAAGAGGCUGAAUUUUUGGAGAAGGCUGGACAUUGUGGGGAGGCAGCAGUUCUCUUACUUUGGUUUGUAUUUUUUAGCUCGUUAUGGGGAAAUGGAGAUAGAGGUUGGCCAUUGAAGCACUUCAGUAAGAAGGAAGAUCAUUGUGAGAAAGCAAGGUCGCUUGCAAAAAUGAGUUCUGAUCAAUUCUAUGAUUUUGUUUGUAAUGAGCUUGAGGUACUCUCUGACCAGCACAGUAGCUUGCCCGAACUCAAGAAAGUUUUACUCACUUCCCAGAGACAUAAGAGUCUGAGAGGAGAAAUCUUAUCCGUUAGGAAAAUCUUGGAUUCUCAUUUUCGUAUAAAUUUCUCGAAGUACUUUUGGGAGGAUGAAUUACCUUCUGAUAUUACCGAGCAUUGUGAAAACAAAAUCUUUCAGAGCUGUGUUUCUGUUAGAACUCUAGUUUUUUAUUGGAACCAGUGGAAGGAGAAUGUCAUGAGCAUUUUUCAGAGCAUCGAAUGUCUUGUAAAUGAAGAGCCGAAUAAACACGAGGGACUUGCUGAUUUUAGUAUAAGUUAUUUUGGAGUGAGGAAACAGUGUGUAAAUGGAAACAGGGUCUACCUGUUAGUCAACAAGGAUGGUGAUUGGAUAAGUACUGCGGGUAACAACGGUCUUCAUAGCGAAGGGAAGCUUCUAUAUAUGAAUUUAAAGCAAUUGGCGUUUGCUAUUAGGUCUUAUUGGCAGUCAGAGUUGCUUUCUGUGGGUAUGAUAGUACUUUUAAAGCUAGAAGGUCUCUAUAAGUCAAAGUCAAAUGGUUCACCAUUUCAUCAAAGCACGUCCCUCGUACACCUUUUUGAGGUUUCCAAGUUUCUUUCUGAGUGCCAGUGUCUUAACCUCACUUCUCCUGACAAAAAGAAACUGCAAAGUUUCCUUGGAAUCUCUGCACAAUACUUUGAUCUUGUGUUUCCGUUAGACUGGCGAAGAUCAGUCUCUGAGGAUAUGGUUUCCUUAAGGGAGACUGAUCUAUCACUCCAAUUGCUUAACGAUAUCAUUCUUCAAAGUUUUAACACCAACAGUGACAUCACCGAUUGGACAAUUGGGAGGGUAAUGAUGAUAUGUGUUACUUAUGGAAAACAACUAGGAAGCGAUCAUAUAGUUGUGAAGGGGAAGUCAUUACCCGCAUUGAGGUCAUUUGUUAUGAAGAUACUUCGGUAUGUUUUGAAAGAUACUCUUAACGGUGGCUGGAGGCUUCCUGGCUACAUAUCUAUUCACAGUGUUGUGUAUUUCUUGGACAUUAUUAUUUUCCACACGUUUAUCUCUUCAGGGAUUUUUUUCACGACAAGAUCUUCUCUUGUUGGAUGGCUUUCACAAUUUCCCUCAACUGCUACUCCAUAUACACAUUUAUCAGCGUCCAAUCACGUUCAUGAGGAUAUUGCAAACUUUGCUGUUUCUUUAUAUACACUACUCAUAUGUCUUUUCAGAGAUAACGCUACAACAUCUUGGAUGCAAAAUACAGGGAUUAACUCCACUUAUUACCAUCCAAUUUUAGCAUUGAAGCUGAUGAUUAUAACAAUUUUAUUUGAUCUGCAAGCAGUAGAUUGGGAUGUCCCUGCUGAUAUCCUGCUGGGGAGUGAGAGUAUUGCUCAUUUGCUUCCGUCGAAGUUUGUUUAUUGUCUCCUAAAGUACAGGAAGAAUCGUUAUUUGAACUUAACUCCAGAUGUGGUUGCGGAAGCUUUUCGAAGCAUAGAGGAUCCUCACGUGAUUGUUUGUUCAAAAGAGAAGGAUCCUAGAAUUGAUGCUUCUUGUGCUUUAUUUGUGGAUCUUAGACAAUCUAAAGAGGAGAUAAUGAACAAAUUGUUCGCUAAUUAUGUGUCAGAGAGCAGCAACACAACUGAGGCUCAUCAGUUAAGGAAUCAUUUAAAGGAAAUAGGCGAUGGACUAAGCGAAGGUGGUGGUAAUACUCAGGAUGUGAAAAACAAGAAAGGGAAAGGUAAAAGAACUGGGAAGAAGGCACAAUAUCAUAAAAAUGUAGAGAAAUUCAUUCAGAAAUUGAGUGGAACAGAGGAUUCACAAGGUCUGAAGAAGCUGCUGGGAAAAUAUUAUGCUAGACCACUGCAGUUAAAGAAGCUGUAAUAGAUAAGGAAACGAAUCAUGCGGAGGAAACAUGUGAUGGGGGUACACUGGAGAUGUGCAGAAGACGUGAAAGGGAAGGGAAAGAAGAGGGUAAAAGGAAAUGGUGUUGCGUCUUGCAGGUUAAAGACAACUGUAAUAGACAAGUAUUAAAUAGGCAGUGGUGUCUGCUUUAUAUGGCUUGUUUUUCUAUUUUGUGCCUCUUGCAGGAAAGCAUUCAACGUUUUCGUGUAGUGAUAGAUUGUUAUAUGUAAUGGAAAUUCAGUAAACCUUAUGAUGAUGGGUCUGAUAUCAAUCUCGAGUCAUUUC